GUAUAGCGCUGCGAAUCGUUAAAGCCAGAUUACGGAUUGAAAUUUAAACCAAUCGGAACAGAACGCACGAGGAAAGUUACUCGAAUCAAAAAGAAGACUGAGAACGGCUCUUUAAAUCGAUCUGAAAACACGCCUUGUAUAUACACGCACUUGUGCCGUUAGAAAAAACAUAACCUAAGUAAUGUUUUGCGGGGGUGUUAUCGAGAGGUAGUUUUUUAAUUAAAACUCGAGAAAAAAAUAAAGAUUUUUGAAAAAUUAGAAGUCAUAUGUCAAAAGUGACACAAAGUUCUUAUGUUUGAAUGUAAAUUGGUCACGCAGUGUGUGCUGUCUGCCGAAGAUAAAUUGUUAAAAUUUUAACGGCAGGAAUACUUCUGAUUUUUUAAGAAACACAGAAUGGAGAUAGACAAUUACACGAAUAAUCUGAAGAAAAAGAAGAAAGAAAAGAUAAAGAAAAUAAAGAUUGAAGAUGAGGAAGAAGCGGAGAAGACAGAUAAAAUGAAAAAAUUGGCAAUGAGAGAGAAAGAAGUUUGUAAAAUCAAAAUAGUAGAGAACAACGAUGUGAAUGAUACAAAAAAAAAAAAAAAUACUAAUGUGAAAAUAAAAACGGAGAAAGAAGAUAAUGUAGAGGAUAAUGUAGAAGAUAAUGUAGAGAUAAGAAAGAAAAAUAGCGCGAAAAGAAAGUUGGGAAAAGAUGAUGUACAGAAAGAGACGAAAGAAGACGAUGUAAUUAAAAAUCCAUGUAAUGUAAUUAAACUAGAGAAGCAAUAUACAAUUAAGGAGAAAAAGAGGAAACAUGAUGCAAAACAAGUGGAGGAGAAAAAUGAUGUAAAUAAUGAAGCAACGGAAGAAAAUAUUAAUGUAAAAAUAAAAGACAAUGAUGUUCAAGUACAGAAGUUACAGAAGAAAAAGAGCGCAAAAAGAAAGUUGGAAAGAGAUGAUAUAGAGCAAGAGACGGAAGAGGACAAUGCAAAGAAAACGUCAGAAAAGGAGUAUAAAAUAAAAAAGACAAAACGCGAUACACACACAAAGAAAAUAGCAGAGGAGGAAAGUGAAAUGAAUAACAAGGAGAACGAUAGUAGUAUAAAAGUAAAAAUGGAGAAGGAGAGUGAUGCGGAGAAUGAGGAAAAUAAAGAAGAUAGCGCAACGAAAAAGAGAAAAAAAGAUUAUGUGGAGAAAAAAAUGGAAAAAGAAAAUAUUAUCAAAAAAGUAAGGAAGGAGAAAGAGAGCAGUGUAAAAGUAAAAACGGAGAAGGAGAGCGAUGUGGAGAAUGAGGAAAAUAAAGACGAUAGCGUAACGAAAGAGAGAAAGGAAGGUGAUGGGGAGAAAAAAAUGGAAAAAGAAAAUAUUAUCAAGAAAGUGGGAAAGGAGAAAGAUAAAAUUGUGAAAAUAGAAGUGGAAAAGAAAAAUAAUACGAAGGAAAUGGAUAUGAGUAACUAUGCUGAUGCGGAUAAAUCUGUAAGCAGUGAAAUUGGAGACAAAAGAAGUAAAGAUGAAUUAAAUAUGUAUAAGAACAACAGUACAAUUAAAUACGAAGAAGAGUUAAAUAUAUCCGAGGACAACGACGACGACGACGACGACAACGACAACGACAACGACAACGACAACGACAACGACGACAACGACGACGACGACGACGACGACGAGCUUAUUGAGGACAAAUCCUUUUGUAGCGAUGUAACGUAUUUAGCGCGAGAAAUUGCGCUGAAAGAGAAGCUUCCUCGGGAAGAAGCGAUGAAAUUGUAUCAUUUGUCGGUGAAACUCAGGCACACAGUGCCGCCGCAGCAUGAAAUCGAGACACGUGCAGGAUCACAUUUACCCACACCGAGUCAAGUAAGGGAGUUCGAAAAAAUAGCACCACUCAAAAAGGGCGCGUACUCUCAUGAUGAGGAUAAAAUCAUCGUCAAAAACUGGGCUGCAUUUUGUGAACUACACAAUUGGAAUGUGAAAAGGCCGUUUCUAGAGUUGAGAAGCAACAACAAACUGUUGAACAUACGUAGUCACAAAGAAAGAAGAAAGUUUGUACAAUUCUUAGCCGAUGGCCUUCCAAAUAGAAGUUUGUACAGUGUUUAUCAUAGAUAUAAGACUCUAUACGGACCAACUCUGCACUCAAGGUACACACCUGCUGAAGACCAAAUGAUACUCGAACACUUGGAAAACAAUCCGUCACUGGACCCAAGUCACAAGUAUUCUGACUUGGCCAAAGUUCUGAAAAGAACAAGACACUCUAUUUAUCGGCGUUACCGAAUACUGAAGAAGAAAAAGAAGAAGAAGAAGAAGAAGAGAAAGAAGGAAGACGAUACAUCAAGUGAAAGUGAAGACGAGAAUGAAGAUAGGAAAGAUUUCGUCAAGUAAAACAGAAAAGGAUGAAAGUAGAACAAACACAUGAAGUCGAAGAGAAAAGAAUCUAUUUGAACUGAAAAAGUAAGAAAAUCAAAACCGACUAUAAAGUGUAAAAAGAUAUUAUU